AUGUCUAAAGUAAUAUUCACCCCAUGGAAAGCCCACUCCGACCUCCUCACCGCGCGGAGCCAAUUCUACCCGGCACCUGAAUAUACCGGGCCGGAUAUGCGCGCAAAGGCCUGCGCUACGGUCUCCGCCUGGAAACUACGCGGCAACCUCCCGCACGCCGUGGAAGCCACAGCCCUUCUCACAGACGCAAUCCUGCACGAUGAUGCGAGCAAGAACUCAGUUUUCUCGAUCAGGGCAACCUACGCUGCGGCGUUUUGCCGAUUUGUAACUGGGCUGGUGGACAACAAACUGCACGGCGCGAAGAAGAGUAUGUUUUCUCGCGCGCUGGACCUCGGUCUUCCUGCUUCGUUUGUGGAAUUGCGGCAUGAGGCUACCCAUCGCGAGUUGCCGAGUUUGACGGUGUUGAGGGAUUCGACGGCCCGGUCGUUGGAGUGGUUGUGGGGGUUUUAUUGGAGAGGGGUGGGAGCUGAUUCGUUUUCUGGUGCCUCGUUUGGUGGCGAGCUGGAGGAGCUGGUAAGGGAGGUACUUGGGCAGGUGGGGGCGCUCGUUCAUGCGACUACAGACGGUAAGGGGGUCGGGUCUGGGGGUGGACUGUCGAGGAAGAAGAGGAGGGUGCAGAUGGACUUGGCGAGUGCUGCGGCGAGGGUUGUAGGGAUUCUGAAGGAGUCUAGAGGGGCAGAGAGUGUGUUGGCAGGGGUUAUGUUGAGAGAAGGGUGGCUUGUGCCCGCUGGACGACGGCUUGGUGACACCCUAACGGACACGAUCAGUAAAUGGGAUCCGCUGCUCCAGAUGAUUACAGAAGGGCAUCAUUCGUUCCUCGUCGCGUUAACGGAGACCAUGGCGGACGAGCUGGCGUUUACAUCGACAGGCUCAUCAAUUACAAGUACGAAAAGUGACCCCUACAGCGAAGGUGUAUACACAUGGCUGGACCAUGUACUGCGCUCGACGCGAUGGGAGUUGCACCGACGGUACAUAUCGGUUUCUUACGUCCUGGCUGUUUGCGGGGAGAGUUCGAAUCAUUGGACGGCGUUGUUGAAGAAGAGUAUUUGCAAGGAGGCCGGGAGUGAUAGUCUGCCUACGGUCUCGCAAAAUCUGGGUUCUCAGCGCCAGUCUUCUGGCGAAUCUGGGUUACCGGAUGCAGACGAUGAUAUGACGACGUUGAAAAAAUUUGGCUGGGAUAUGGCAGAUACGUGGGAUAGCCGGCCGUUGGGGGUUGUCUAG